GAAAGGUCUUCAUUGCAGGGUUGAUAGUCUCUGAUCACCCUGAAAAAGUAUGCUCUCAGGGGCCCGAGCCGCUCACCCUUCCGAAGAACAUGAUUUUUUUUUUUCAUCAAGUCUCUGAAAUGUUGAAUAUAUUUGUUUAGGUUUCAUGGAUCUACCUGUCCUUGUAUAAUGGCCCUGAGUAGCUGCAGGACAGCAUGUCUGGCUUCUGGUGGCUGUUCCUGUGAUAGCAUGUCGUCCACAGCUUUCCACACUGCAUCUACCGCAUGCUGGGAAACAUACAUCGUUUUGAACACAAGACGGUUGUCACUCGAAGAUGUAAGCAGAUAGACACAUCCACCGUUGCUGUCUCUCUCCUAUCCGGACUGAGGAAGCGAAGGAACGUAAAUGCUGUGAAAAUAGAAGAGGAGGAGGCGAGAGUCUGCUUAUCAACACCUGAUGGAAGCCAGGAUCUCUUCCAGUUGGCAACCGUUCUGCCAAAACUAGAAACGGACGUUCCUCCAUCAUCUUCACAUGGCCGCAGGCGGAGACAGAUUAAGGUGGAGUAUGACGAAGGUGCAGCGCCAGCAAAGGCAGAACACUGGCAACCUCCUGAUUGGAGGAAACAGUUGGGGUUCAUCCGUGACAUGAGGACCAAUCGCGAUGCUCCGGUAGAUCACAUGGGAGCAGAGAAGUGCUACGACGCAGAGGCUCCAGCUAAUGUGCGACGUUUCCAGGUGUUGGUGUCGCUGAUGCUGUCCAGUCAGACUAAAGAUCAGGUGACGGCGGCUGCUAUGCAGAGGCUUCGAACGCACGGCUGCACUGCGGAGAAACUUCUAUCUACUGAUGAUGACACUUUGGGAAAACUCAUCUACCCAGUCGGCUUCUGGAGGAACAAAGUCAAGUUUCUGAAGCUGACAGCAGCCAUGCUUGUGAAGGACUUUGGAGGGGACAUCCCGGACAGCGUUGAGGGGCUUGUAUGUCUCCCAGGGGUUGGACCCAAGAUGGCUCACCUGGCUAUGGACAUUGCCUGGGACCAGGUGUCUGGUAUAGGCGUGGACACACAUGUGCAUCGUAUCUCAAACCGACUUGGCUGGCUCAGGAAGGCCACCAAGAACCCAGAAAAGACACGCAAGGCCCUGGAAGAGUGGUUACCACGGGAGCUGUGGAGUGAGAUCAAUUGGCUUUUGGUGGGCUUUGGACAGCAGGUGUGCCUUCCAACUAACCCUCUGUGCUCCGUGUGUCUGAACCAGCACAGCUGCCCCUCCGCUCACCAGAACUCUCCUGCAAAGCGGACAAAAGCUCAAACCUCGUCUUCUCCCGCUCUCAGAACAAACAAAAACACUGUGGUUAAGGAUGAAACAACAAGUGGAGAGCUGGGUCGUGUUAAUUCCGCCAGUCAAAGAAGAACAGCAAGAUGAAACACAAAUAUUAUUUCUAUAAACAAAGCUCUUACUAUACACUGAAUUUUUUGUAAACACACUUGCCUUCUUCGUGAUUUUUUCCCGCUAUGUACCGUAGUAGAGGGUACUUUAGUGUUGCGCAAUGCUGUGGUUCUAAAACUUUGAAGACUU